UGAAUAGUUGUGACUCUUAAAUUUUUUCUCAGGGUAAUGUGUUUCAGACGAGAAUGACGGAUCUAACCCUCUCUGAGUUCCUUUCGUACGGUCCUCAAAGAGAGGCUGGAAAGGAAGGGAAAAAGUUGCUGAGGAAAACAAAGGAGGGUAAUAUACUCAAGUGGGACGUUGAAAAGGAUGACCCACUCUGCACUCUCGAGGAAGCUUUUGUCAACGUUAAACCCUCUAUAGGUUUCAACGUUGAGCUUAAGUUCGAUGACCACAUUGUUUACCAGCAAGAUCAUCUUGUCCAUGUCCUUCAGGCUGUCUUGAAGAUUGUGUUUGAAUAUGCCAAGGACAGGCCUAUCAUAUUCUCUACUUUUCAGCCAGAUGCUGCAAUACUUGUUCGUAAAUUGCAAAGCACCUACCCUGUAUUCUUCUUGACUAACGGAGGAUGUGAAAUCUAUGAGGAUGUGAGAAGGAAUUCUUUAGAGGAGGCCCUGAAGCUCUGCUUGGAGAAUGAUUUGCAAGGAAUUGUCUCUGAGAUCAAAGGAGUUUUCAGGAACCCCGGAGUCGUAAGCAAGAUCAAGGAGUCCUCGCUUUGCCUUCUUACUUACGGAAAACUAAACAAUGUUCCUGAGGCAGUGUACAUGCAACAUCUUAUGGGAAUUGAUGGGGUGAUUGUUGAUCUGGUGAAAGAAAUAACAGAGGCCGUUGCGAAUAUGAUAAAGCCAGUGAGCAACAAUGCGGUGGGUGGCGAAGAGGGCUUGGCUGAAAUAGAAGGGAUGGGGAAGUUGCAGGUGAAGUCAAAUCCUAAAUUCUCGCAGGAGGAAAUGUCUUUUCUCUUCAAGCUGAUUCCACAGUUGUUGCAGAUUUGAAGAGAGAUUAUGGUCCUUUCAUACAUACAGAUAGUCUAGGAGUCACUACUUACUUUACCUUGGGUCGCUUUUUUCCCCUUUUCAUUUUGGUUAUAACAAGAAUACACAAAUGGGGGUUUGAAAGGAGAUUUAAGCAAAUUGUAUAUAUUUCUUCUUAAUGUGUAUGUAAAAGUGAUUGCUUGAUGGCUCUCUUCUUUCAGAAACCGUAGUUGUCAGCUUCCCUUCAUUGUGUCCAUAUAACGUACUUACAUUUCAACAUUACAUGAUGUAUGUAUGUACAUUUUAAUGGAGAAAUAUGGAAACUUUUAUGUGCCAUA